UCACCCCGCCCUGCCCCGCCUCCGCCCGGCCCAGGGGGUGCCGCCAUGGCUGCCAUAUUGGGGAGGAAGUGAGAGCGGGACGCGGCGGACGCGGCCGGGAAGGAGCUCUGUUCUUUUCCUUCCUGCUCGGGCUGACUCGGGUCUCCCGGUGGCGGCACGGCGGCUGGUGGAGCCCCGGAGCGGAGCAGGUCAGCGGAGAAGCUGAGCGCCCCGCGGGCGGCGGAGGCGGCGGCCUAAGAUGGCGGACCCCGCCGAGUGCAGCAUCAAAGUGAUGUGCCGCUUCCGACCCCUCAACGAGUCCGAGGUGACCCGAGGCGACAAGUACGUCGCCAAGUUCCAGGGCGAGGACACCGUCGUCAUCGCGUCCAAGCCAUAUAUAUUUGACCGUGUAUUCCAGUCAAACACAUCCCAGGAGCAAGUAUACAAUGACUGUGCUAAAAAGAUUGUCAAAGAUGUACUUGAGGGAUACAAUGGUACAAUAUUUGCUUACGGGCAGACAUCAUCUGGAAAGACGCACACUAUGGAAGGGAAGCUUCACGACCCAGAUGGAAUGGGAAUUAUUCCAAGAAUAGUACAAGAUAUCUUUAAUUAUAUUUACUCUAUGGAUGAGAAUCUUGAGUUUCAUAUUAAGGUGUCGUAUUUUGAAAUAUACUUGGAUAAAAUAAGGGACCUUUUGGAUGUUUCAAAGACCAAUCUUUCUGUUCAUGAAGACAAAAAUAGAGUUCCCUAUGUAAAGGGUUGCACAGAACGUUUUGUAUGUAGUCCGGAAGAAGUCAUGGAUACUAUAGAUGAAGGAAAAUCAAACAGACAUGUAGCAGUUACAAAUAUGAAUGAACACAGCUCUAGAAGUCACAGUAUCUUCCUUAUUAAUGUAAAGCAAGAGAAUACUCAAACAGAACAGAAACUAAGUGGAAAACUCUAUCUUGUGGACUUGGCAGGGAGCGAAAAGGUUAGCAAAACUGGGGCGGAAGGUGCUGUGCUGGAUGAGGCUAAGAACAUCAACAAGUCUUUAUCUGCUCUUGGAAAUGUCAUCUCAGCUUUGGCUGAAAGCAGUACCUAUGUUCCAUAUCGUGAUAGUAAAAUGACCAGAAUCCUUCAAGAUUCACUAGGGGGUAACUGUAGAACCACUAUUGUUAUUUGCUGUUCUCCAUCUUCAUACAACGAAUCUGAAACUAAAUCUACUCUUCUGUUUGGCCAAAGAGCAAAGACCAUUAAGAACACAGUCUGUGUCAAUGUUGAGCUCACUGCAGAACAGUGGAAGAAAAAGUAUGAGAAAGAAAAAGAGAAAAACAAGACACUGCGUAACACCAUACAGUGGCUGGAAAAUGAACUCAACAGAUGGCGGAAUGGGGAGACUGUGCCUGUUGACGAGCAGUUUGACAAGGAGAAGGCCAACUUAGAAGCUUUUGCGGUGGACAAGGAUAUUACCGUUAUUAAUGAUAAACCAGCUACUACGAUUGGAGUAACUGGCAAUUUCACUGAUGCCGAGAGAAGAAAAUGUGAGGAAGAAAUUGCCAAAUUAUACAAACAACUGGAUGACAAGGACGAAGAAAUCAAUCAGCAGAGCCAGCUGGUAGAAAAGCUGAAACAACAGAUGUUGGAUCAGGAAGAACUUCUAGCAUCAACUAGACGGGACCAAGACAAUCUGCAAGCUGAGUUGAAUCGCCUUCAGGCUGAAAAUGAUGCUUCUAAAGAGGAAGUGAAAGAAGUGCUGCAAGCUCUUGAAGAGUUAGCUGUCAAUUAUGAUCAGAAGUCUCAGGAAGUAGAAGAUAAGGCGAAGGAGUAUGAACUGCUUAGUGAUGAACUCAAUCAAAAAUCGGUUACUUUAGCUAGUAUAGAUGCAGAGCUUCAAAAGCUUAAAGAAAUGACUAACCAUCAGAAGAAACGAGCAACGGAGAUGAUGGCCUCCUUACUAAAAGAUCUUGCAGAAAUAGGAAUUGCAGUAGGAAAUAAUGAUGUCAAGCAGCCGGAGGGAACUGGCAUGAUAGAUGAAGAAUUCACAGUCGCAAGGCUGUACAUUAGCAAAAUGAAAUCAGAAGUAAAAACAAUGGUAAAACGAUGCAAACAGUUGGAAGGCACACAGGCUGAAAGCAAUAAGAAAAUGGAAGAAAAUGAGAAGGAGUUGGCUGCCUGUCAACUCCGUAUCUCUCAGCAUGAAGCCAAGAUAAAGUCACUGACUGAAUAUCUUCAGAACGUGGAACAGAAAAAGAGACAACUGGAGGAGUCUGUGGAUUCUCUUAAUGAAGAGCUAGUUCAAUUGCGAGCGCAAGAAAAAGUCCAUGAAAUGGAGAAAGAGCACUUAAAUAAGGUUCAAACUGCAAAUGAAGUCAAGCAAGCUGUGGAACAGCAGAUUCAGAGCCAUCGUGAGACACAUCAGAAACAGAUCAGUAGCCUACGAGAUGAAGUUGACGCAAAGGAGAAACUUAUCACUGAACUCCAAGACCAAAAUCAGAAGAUGAUGCUUGAACAAGAACGUCUUAGAGUUGAGCAUGAGAAGUUGAAAGCAACUGAUCAGGAGAAAAGUAGAAAACUCCAUGAGCUUACGGUUAUGCAGGACAGACGGGAGCAAGCAAGGCAAGAUUUAAAGGGCUUGGAAGAGACUGUGGCUAGAGAACUCCAGACUCUCCAUAACCUACGCAAGCUGUUUGUUCAAGAUCUGGCUACUAGAGUGAAAAAGAGUGCUGAGAUAGACUCAGAUGAUACAGGAGGCAGUGCUGCACAAAAGCAGAAGAUUUCUUUUCUUGAGAAUAAUCUUGAACAGCUUACAAAGGUUCACAAGCAGUUGGUACGUGAUAAUGCAGAUCUUCGUUGUGAGCUUCCUAAGCUGGAAAAACGACUUAGAGCUACGGCAGAGAGAGUUAAAGCUUUGGAGUCUGCAUUGAAGGAAGCCAAAGAGAACGCAUCUCGUGAUCGCAAACGGUAUCAGCAGGAGGUAGACCGUAUAAAGGAAGCUGUAAGAUCCAAAAAUAUGGCCAGACGAGGACAUUCUGCACAGAUUGCUAAGCCCAUCCGUCCUGGCCAACAUCCAGCAGCUUCUCCAACUCAUCCAAGUGCAAUUCGUGGGGGAGGUGCAUUCACUCAGAACAGCCAGCCAGUUGCACUGCGCGGAGGUGGAGGACGGCAGGAUAAAGUGUAA